GAAGACAGGAAAUGAAAACAGAGAACUGCUAGCUGCGUUAGCUUUUCUUUGUUUGAAUGUAGUUUAAAGACGGGUUUGGUGUGUUUGGAAAAUAUUUGAGUGUUUGCAGCAACUCUGUCUUCAAAUCGGUCUAAGUAGUUAAUCAACGAGCAGCUAACUGCUCGUUGAAGAAACUUUAACUGAGUUUUAUAAAAUCACCGUCAAGUCCAAGGAAGAGAUGGACGAUCAGCGCAGACGACUGGAUUUCUCCCGGACCCCUCGGAUAAUCUUACAUCGAAUAGAUCUCCCACAAAAUUGUGUGUGUAAAGAGGAGGAAGAUUUCACUGAGUUCAGCAACCAGGAUGGGAAUUCAGCUUUAGAAAAAGAGGAACAAGAACCUUUUAAAAUAAAACAUGAGCAAGAGGAACCAGAACAUCAACAGUUCAAAGAAGAAGAGAAUCAACUCUGCAUAAGUCAGGAUGAAGAGCAUCUUAUGUUGAAACAGGAAACUGGAGAUAUUUUGGUGACUCCUUCUGAUGUGCAAAAAAUCAACGAUGAAACAGAACCAAACAGGAACCAACUCACCUUUCAUGUUUCUCCUGAAGAUGAGAACCAGGUUCAGGAAGGAAACAAUUCAGGAGACUCAGGAGAAAAGAGAGACAAAGAGCAGAAACAAAACACUGAAGGCCCAAAACAAAAAAAUCGCAAAAGAUCUCACCUAAAAAAAAAAUCAUAUCCUUGUAAAGUUUGUGAUGAAGCCUUUUCUCAACACGACUCUUUGACGUGUCACAUGAGAAUUCACACAGGUGAGAAACCUUUUACAUGUAUGAAUUGUGGAAAGAGUUUCACAAAAAAAUGUAAUUUAGAUACUCACAUAAGAAUUCACACAGGGGCGAAGCCUUUUACAUGUAUGACUUGUGGAAUAACUUUUACUGAGAAAAGAAGUUUAACUUCUCACAUGUGGAUUCAUACAGGUGAGAAACCUUUCACCUGUAUGACUUGUAGAAAAAGUUUCACAUUGAAAAGUUGUUUAGAUAUUCACAUGAGAAUUCACACAGGUGAGAAGCCUUUCACAUGUACAACUUGUGGAAAACGUUUCACACAGAAUUGUCAUUUAGCUUGUCACAUGAGAAUUCACACAGGGGAGAAGCCUUUUACAUGUUUGACUUGUGGAAAAGGUUUCACUCUGAAAAGCAGUUUAACUACUCACUUGAGAGUUCACACUGGAGAGAAGCCUUUCACAUGUAUGACUUGUGGAAAAAGUUUCACUCAAAAAUGUAGUUUAGAUAUGCACUUGAGGAUUCACACAGGUGAAAAGCCUUUUCCAUGUAUGACUUGUGGAAAAAGUUUCACUCAAAAAUGUAGUUUAGAUAUGCACUUGAGGAUUCACAUGGGUGAAAAGCCUUUUCCAUGUAUGACUUGUGGAAAAAGUUUCACUCAAAAAUGUAGUUUAGAUUUCCACUUGAGGAUUCACACAGGUGAGAAACCUCUCAGGUGUAUUAGUUCCAGAAAAUGUUUCACCCAUAGAAAAAGUUUCUCUAUUCACAUGAGAACUCGCACAGGUAAAAACUCAUAGAUAAAAAAAAUUAAUAUGAGACAUGUGUGACCCUGGUAAAUAAAAUUAAAGAAAUCUGUUGGUGUGUAGUAGUGUUAUUGGUUCCUGAAGUAUCGUUUUGAAAGCAUGUGUGUGUUUUCUCCUUCUUUUCUCUGUCUUACUGAUUGAUUUAUCCGUUUCAUCAUUUGUUCCUGACCUAAAUGUUUAAAUCAAAUGUUUAUUCAAAUACAAAUAUGUGUGUGUCAUUGGAACCCUUGCAAACUUGAACUGUAUGUGUGUGAAUUAUAUUUCCAUCACUAAGAAUAUAAUAAAUGUAUGAAUGGUUCAUAUAAAAAUAGUGUUUAAAAAAACAAUGCAGUUUGAAGUGCUUCAUGUGAUUAGAAACAGAAUAUCUGAGAAACAUUAUGUUUUGCCAUCGUUACACAUCAAAAUGUUGGUCAAUAUUUCAUCUAAUAUGGUUGAAAGGCAACUAAACAGGAGGGAUUUUUGUCUAGAUUUAUAGGAACUCAGUGUUAACCUUUUCUGCUGAAUCUCCAAACUUUGUGGGGGAAACACAGGAGAGCUCCUGACUCCAAGUUUGAGAAGUUUGAAGUGUUUGGGGACUUCAGGGUUAACUCCCUUUGUGGUUCACAGCUGUGUGGUGCGGCAAGGAAGAGACAGUAAAGGGUUUCUUUGGAAGCUGCACUUUUAUUUCUUGGCGUGGUAACAAACAUACAAACGGAACUCCAUUUAUUCUAAUAAAGUUCUCCAUGCCGAACAA